UUUAAAGCGCCCACCGCGGGUCCUCAGCUCCAGCGGGAAGAGGCGGGAGCUCGGCUUGGCCCUUGACUCCAGCCUGAAGUAUGCUGAGUCCAACUGACCCCCUCGAUGCCAAGCCUCGGAGCACCCCAGUCCCCGACGGUGUCCCCGCGGGAAGGAGGGUCUCCCCAGGAUGCCCGGAGAGGCCCCCUGGGCCGUGCGCGCCGCCGGGGCUGGAGGAGGCUCUGAGCUCGCUGGGGCUGGAGGGAGAACGUGAGUACGCCGGGGAUAUCUUCGCCGAAGUCAUGAUUGCUGCACCCAGGGCUGGAGCCCGGGAGAGAAGCCGAGGCGCAGGUGAGGAGAGUGAGGCCGUUCCUGCCCGACCCCAGGUGUGCCGCGCGCUGCCCCGGAGGGCCCUGCCCCGCGCCGUGACCCCGGAGAUGCGCGCGCUAGUGGUGGACUGGCUAGUGCAGGUUCACGAGUACCUGGGCCUGGCGGGGGACACGCUCUACCUGGCCGUGCACCUGCUCGAUUCCUACCUAGGCGCGGGCCGAGUGCGCCUACACCGCCUGCAGCUGCUGGGCGUGGCUUGCCUGUUCGUGGCGUGCAAAAUGGAAGAGUGCGUGCUUCCAGAGCCCGCCUCCCUCUGCCUCCUGGGCGAUGGCUCCUUCUCGCGGGCCGAGCUUCUGUGCGCGGAGCGCCGCAUCCUGAGCCGCUUGGAUUUCCGGCUGCACCACCCGGGCCCGCUACUUUGCCUCGGGCUGCUUGCUGCGCUGGCCCGGAGCGGCCCACAGGUGUUGCUACUUGCAACUUACUUCCUGGAGCUGUCUCUGCUGGAGGCCGAGGCAGCAGGAUGGGAGCCGGGUCGCCGUGCCGCUGCAGCGCUGAGCCUGGCACACCGGGUGCUCCACGGGGCGGGUUCCGGGCCUGAGCCGGCGCUUUACAGCCGCGCUCUGAGGGAAGAAUAGGGGGUCUGCCCCUCCUCGGCGCCCUCCAGUCACUCUAGAUGAUGGACCGCGUGUCCGACCUCGAGAGAACUCCUGAGAAGUCCUCGGGGACCCAAGUCAGCUCGUCUUCUCAGCCUCGAGCCCCAAGCUCCGAGGACAGGUCGUCUCCUAUUCCCCGCUACCCCUGCCCCAUCUCUGUUUCUCCGUCUCUCCGCCGCAGCCGGGCGGAGCUGGGCCCGGUCGAGCCGUGCAUGGUCCGCGCCGCGCUCCGAGGCCCUGCGCCCGGCCUCGCCGCCAUCUUCCUCAAGUACGCGCGGCCCCAACGCCAGGGCACCA